AUGCUUAUGAAAGAAGGCUAAAUGCCGAAAGCAAUGGGGUUGGGGAAAAUUAGGACAGGUCUUAAGACAAGGAUAAUGGGGUGCAUUUGCGCCAAGGGGGGAGGCUCAAUGAAGAAGCUAACCACCCGGAAGCACAACAGCAAAGGGAAAGACAAAGAAGCAAAGAGGCAGGCUUCAAAGCGCAAUUGUAGAAAAGAAGACAUAGUGUUGGAGGUGGAGGAUGGCACUCCGGAGGUCUCUGCCCUCAUUGUUUCUGAUGAGAAAACUGUAGUUCCUGCGCCACAGGGUGGUGGUGGUGGGUUGGAUGAGAAGGAGAAGAAGCGUGUGGUGCCAAAGAUGAAGAAGCACCACACCAUGGAUGUGGGGGGAGGAGGAUUGGAGCCUCAGAUAAAUAGGAUGUUCAGUGUGAAGAAUGGAGUUGAUGGGGCACAGGUUGUUGCUGGAUGGCCAUCCUGGCUCACUGCGGCCGCAGGGGAAGCUAUCAAAGGCUGGGUUCCAAGAAAGGCAGACGCAUUUGAGAAGUUAGAUAAGAUUGGUGAAGGGACAUAUAGUAGUGUGUACAGAGCCCUUGACCUUGACAAUGGAACUAUAGUUGCACUAAAGAAAGUGCGGUUUGGCAACAUGGAUCCAGAAAGUGUUCGUUUUAUGGCAAGGGAAAUUCUCAUCCUGCGCAGGCUGGACCACCCGAAUGUUAUGAAGCUCGAAGGUCUUGUGACUUCUCGGGUUUCAGGCCAGCUACAUCUUGUGUUCGAGUAUAUGGAGCAUGACCUUGGCGGCCUUUCUGCAUCACCAGACAUCAAAUUUGAUGAAUCACAGAUAAAAUGUUACAUGCAGCAGCUCUUUCGCGGGCUGGAACACUGCCAUAGUCGAGGGGUUUUGCACCGUGACAUCAAGGGCUCUAAUCUUUUGAUUGACAACAAUGGAACUCUCAAGAUAGCGGAUUUUGGACUUGCAACGUUUUACCGUGCCAAUCAAGUGCAGCCUCUAACAAGCCGUGUGGUCACAUUGUGGUUUCGGCCUCCAGAGCUUUUGCUUGGUGCUACUAACUACAGCGAGGCUGUGGAUAUAUGGAGUUCUGGUUGCAUCCUUGCUGAAUUGUACGCGGGAAAACCUAUCAUGCCUGGAAGGACCGAGGUUGAACAGCUGCAUAAAAUCUUUAAACUUUGUGGUUCUCCAUCUGAUGAGUUCUGGAAGAAUUCGAAAUUGCAGAAUGCAACGAUUUUUAAACCUAAGAAGACUUAUGAACGCCGCAUUGCUGAGACAUUCAAGGACUUGUCUCCAUCGUCUUUAUCACUUCUGGAUUCUCUCCUGUCUUUAGAACCUGAGCGUCGAGGAACUGCAAGUUCAGCACUGGAAAACGAGUUCUUCACAACAACGCCUCUUCCGUGUGAUCCAUCAGCACUGCCAAAGUACCCACCUUGCAAGGAAUAUGAUGCUAGGAUGCGAGAUGAGAUGCUCAGAAGGCAAAAUGGCAGCGGGUAUAAGUGUAAAGAUUCUGAAGGGGCUACUCCAGCGCCUGGUGAUCUCGCGAAGCUGCAAGAUGCAAUAAAGAAAUGGCAAGGGCAGUUGAAGCUGAAGAAAUGCGGGGGGAUGAGUGAAGUUGAUAAUUCAAGGCGUCUUGGUGGUUCAGAGUUGAGCCGACAUGUAUCCUUCAAAGCUCGGGGAGGAGGAGUGGGGCAACUACCGAUGUUCUGCAGCUCAGCAGCCCCCCACCCCGCUGCUAUUGGCCUGGAUCUCUGCCGGGAGGACAUCAGUGUAAAUUCACACUGGCACCGCCUCGCUAUGAAAUGUAAUCGAGUCAUUGAUAACGAGUCUGAUCAUCACUACCAGAAUGAUGAGCAGAAACCUAGGAAGGAUACUAUGAUGGGCUAUGUUCCACAGACUGGUCACAUACACUACUCUGGGCCAUUGAUUCCAGCCGGAGGAAACAUAGACGAAAUGCUCAAGGAACACGAGAAGCAGAUCCAAAACGCUGUGCGCAAAGCUCGCCUUGACAAAACUAGCAAGGCAAAGAAAGGCAACAUUGACUAUGGACAAACCGAAUCUCUCUUGCAGUAUGUUGGCAACGCCAGCUAACUUCUCGGGUUUCAGACAAGAUUCAUACUUAACGGUCACGAGGAGUAAAUUAACCCCGAGCUGCCAGAGGGGGAAUGCUGCAGAAAGAGGACUAACAACACACCAAUAUGUUGAGGAUGAUCAAUAAAGACUCCUGAGAUUUAUAAUGUUAAUAUGUUAUACCUAUAUAUAGAGCCAGAUUCAGAUAGUAUCAAGAAUGGUUCCUGCACAGAAGUCUUUCUUGAUUGCUUGAACAGUGUGAACACACACUUCAGCUGGAAUGUAGGAGUCUGGUAUAUCUGAAAAUUUUGUACCUUCUCAAGUGUAAUCUGUUAUUGUAACACUAUCAUUAAACUCUUCAUGGGAAUCUAGGAUAUACUGGUUCCUAUGUUGA